AUGGCAGGUUUCAGGACACUGAUGCUGUCAGGCUGUGGAGUCACAGAGGAAGGCUGUGCUUCUCUGGUCUCAGCUCUGAGGUCAAACCCCUCACACCUGAGAGAGCUGGAUCUGAGUAACAAUGACCUGAAGGAUUCAGGAGUGAAGCUGCUCUCUGCUGGACUGGGGAAUCCCCACUGUAAACUGGAGACUCUGAGGCUGUCAGACUGUCUAGUCACAGAGGAAGGCUGUGCUUCUCUGGUCUCAGCUCUGAGGUCAAACCCCUCACACCUGAGAGAGCUGGACCUGAGUAACAAUGACCUGAAGGAUUCAGGAGUGAAGCUGCUCUCUGCUGGACUGGGGAAUCCCCACUGUAAACUGGAGACUCUGAGGCUGUCAGGCUGUCUAGUCACAGAGGAAGGCUGUGCUUCUCUGGUCUCAGCUCUGGAGUCAAACCCCUCACACCUGAGAGAGCUGGAUCUGAGUAACAAUGACCUGAAGGAUUCAGGAGUGAAGCUGCUCUCUGCUGGACUGGGGAAUCCCCACUGUAAACUGGAGACUCUGAGGCUGUCAGGCUGUCUAGUCACAGAGGAAGUCUGUGAUUCUCUGGUCUCAGCUCUGAGGUCAAACCCCUCACACCUGAGAGAGCUGGAUCUGAGUAACAAUGACCUGAAGGAUUCAGGAGUGAAGCUGCUCUCUGCUGGACUGGGGAGUCAACACUGUAAACUGGAGACUCUGAGGCUGUCAGGCUGUCUAGUCACAGAGGAAGGCUGUGCUUCUCUGGUCUCAGCUCUGAGGUCAAACCCCUCACACCUGAGAGAGCUGGACCUGAGCUACAAUCACCCAGGAGACUCAGGAGUCAGACUGCUCUCUGCUGGACUGGAGGAUCCACACUGCAGACUGGAGAAACUCAAGUAUGUAGAGGGUUUAUGUCAAUGUUCAUAUCAGACAUGUUUGACUUAUCAGGCUGGUUAAGACAAACAUUCUUACCACCACUUGGACAAAGUUAUAUCCUGACUGUGUG